UUGGCUCGCCGUACUCCGAACCAGACCAGAUCUCAACGUACUCCCUCUCAGAUCCCAAUUCCCAAAUGCCCUCGCAGUCGUAGCUACACCCCGACCGGCCGACCCCGCGCGCUUGCUCGGAUCCAUGGGCGGGCUCAGAGCAGCGUCGCCGUCGGGCGCGGGUGCCGGAGCCGACGCGGGAGCGGGAUCGGGCCCCGGGGCGCCACGCCUGGCGAUGGCGUGCGUGCUGGCGUCCGAGGUCGCCACGGUGCUCGCCGUCAUGCGCCGCAACGUCCGCUGGGCGGGCGUCCGCUACGGCGGCGGCGGCGGCGGCGCGGGCGACGACGAGCACCUCGACCACCCGCUUGUCGCGGGGCUCAAGGCCCUCCGCCGCCGCGCCGCCGCGUGGGCCCACGGCCGCUGGGCGGGCGUCGAGCCGCUCCUCUACCUCCGCCCCUUCCUCGACGUCGUCCGCUCCGACGAGACCGGAGCGCCUAUCACGGGCGCUGCGCUCUCGUCCCUGCACAAGAUCCUUACCCUCGACCUCGUCGAGCCCGGCGCGCCCGGCGUCGCCGAGGCCAUGGGCGCCGUCGUCGACGCCGUCACGGCCUGCCGCUUCGAGGUCACCGACCCGGCGUCCGAGGAGGCCGUCCUGGCGCGAGUCCUGCAGGUGCUUCUCGCCUGCGUGCGCGGCCGCGCGGCGCCGGCGCUGGCCAACCGCCACGUCUGCGCGAUCGUCAGUACCUGCUUCCGCGUUGUGCAGCAGGCUGGAACCAAGGGGGAGCUUCUGCAGCGUGUCUCCCGCCAGACAAUGCAGGAGGUUAUCCGCUGUGUUUUUGCCCGUCUUCAGGACAUUGAUGUCACCGUGUUUCCCGACGAGCAGGCAAGUGGUUGCAAUAACCGAGGUUUGGGAGCUGAUGAGACGGAGAAUGGGAAGAGUGAUUUUGUGUGCUUGAACAGCUCUGGUGACGAGGUGGGGGAUGGAUCUGGAGUUGUGCAAGACAAAGCCAUGAUGGAGCCAUUUGGAGUUCCUUGUAUGGUGGAGAUAUUGCAAUUCUUGUGCUCCCUCUUGAACAUAGCAGAAGAUAUUGAUGUGAACCCAAAGAUGAAUCCAAUUGACUUUGAUGAGGAUGUACCACUCUUUGCUCUGGGGUUGAUUAAUUCAGCUAUUGAGUUGUCGGCUUCGUCUAUACACAGACACAAAAAUCUGAUGGCUUUUGUACAGGAUGAAUUGUUCCGCAAUCUAAUGCAUUUUGGCUUGUCAAUGAGCCCCUUGAUCCUGUCGACAGUGUGCAGCAUUGUUUUCACUCUCUUUUACCAUCUGCGCCAUGAACUUAAGUUGCAAAUAGAGGCUUUCUUCUCAUGUGUGAUCCUAAGAUUAGCACAGAGUAGAUAUGGUGCAAGUUAUCAGCAGCAAGAAGUUGCCCUGGAGGCUCUAGUGGAUUUUUGCCAGCAGAAAGAGUUUAUGGCUGAGAUGUAUGCGAACAUGGACUGUGAUUUACAGUGCUCAAAUAUUUUUGAAGAGAUAGCUAACCUUCUGUCUAAGAGUGCAUUUCCUGUGAACAGUCCUUUGUCGGCCUUAAAUGUGCUUGCUUUGGAUGGUUUGGUUGCUGUCAUUCGGGCAAUGGCCGAGCGGAGUGUUAGUGCACCUCAACAUCAUGAGCAAACAGUGCCAGAAAUAAGUGAAUAUUUUCCUUUCUGGCAGUUGAAGUGUGAGAGCGGUAAUUAUCCGGAUCAGUGGGUUAAAUUUGUUCACCAGCAAAAAAGCAUCAAGAGAAAGCUAAUGGUUGGUGUUGAACAUUUCAAUAGGGAUAAAAAGAAGGGUUUUGAAUACCUGCAAGGUGUUCAUCUUUUGCCCGAAAAACUUGAUCCGCACAAUGUUGCUCUAUUCUUCCGGUACACGCCUGGGUUGGACAAGAAUCUUCUUGGGGACUACCUGGGUAAUCAUGAUGAGUUCUCUAUUAGGGUUCUUCAUGAAUUUGCUAGAACCUUUGACUUCAAGGAGAUGAAUUUGGAUGCUGCCCUAAGGCUAUUCUUGGAAACUUUCCGGCUGCCUGGUGAGUCGCAGAAAAUACAGAGAAUUCUUGAGGCCUUUUCUGAACGAUACUAUGAACAGUCACCCCAAAUGUUUGUCAAUAGAGAUGCAGCUCUUGUGUUAUCAUAUUCUGUAAUCAUGCUCAAUACCGAUCAACAUAAUGUGAGGGUUAAGAAGAAGAUGACGGAGGAAGACUUUAUUAGAAACAAUCGCCGCAUAAAUGGAGGGAAUGAUCUUCCGAGGGAGUUCUUGAAAGAGCUUUAUUAUUCUAUUUGCCGUAAUGAAAUCAGAACCAUUCCUGAGCAAGGAGCUGGUUGUUCUGAGAUGUCUUUCAGCCGUUGGGUUGAUCUGAUGUGGAGGUCUAAGAGAACAUCAAUGUAUAUUGCCUGUGAUUCCUACCCCUUUCUUGAUCAUGAAAUGUUCUCUGUCAUGGCUGGACCGACAGUUGCUGCUAUUUCUGUGGUCUUUGACAAUGUUGAUCAUGUGGAAGUUCUUACAGGAUGCAUUGAUGGUUUUCUGUCGGUGGCAAAACUGGCUUCAUUCUAUCACCAUGAUGAUGUGCUGAAUGAUCUUGUUGUGGCACUGUGUAAGUUCACCACUUUGUUGAGCAGUUCCUACAUUGACGAUCCUGUAACAGCUUUUGGGGAGGAUACCAAGGCUAGAAUGGCAACAGAGGCUGUUUUCACUAUAGCAACUACUUAUGGUGAUCACGUAUGCAGUGGGUGGAGGAACAUAGUAGAUUGCAUUUUAAGAUUGCAUAAGAUAGGCCUUCUUCCUGGUCGCCUCACUGGUGAUACAUCUGAUGAUCAGGAAUCCACUUCAGAUUCGUUGCCCAGCAAGCUUGCUUCUUCAUCUCCUCCUCAAGUUUUGCCAAUUAGCACUCCUCGGAAAAGUUAUGGGCUGAUGGGGAGGUUCAGCCAACUACUGUACUUAGAUGCUGAAGAACCAAGGUCCCAGCCAACUGAGGAGCAACUAGCCGCACAGAGGAAUGCUUCAGAGACUGUGAAGAAGUGCCAAAUAGGUACCAUCUUCACUGAGAGCAAAUUCUUGCAAGCUGAUUCGCUCUCAAAUCUGGCAAGAGCCCUCAUUCAGGCUGCAGGCCGACCUCAGAAGAUUACCAGCGCACUUGAUGAUGAAGGUGUAGCUGUUUUCUGCUUAGAGCUUCUAAUUACUGUCACAUUAAACAACAGAGACAGGAUUGUUCUUUUGUGGCAGGAUGUUUAUGAGCACAUAACCCAUAUCGUCCAGUCCACGGUGAUGCCCUGCAAUCUAGUAGAGAAGGCUGUUUUUGGUCUCUUGCACAUCUGUCAGAGGUUGCUUCCUUAUAAGGCAAACCUGGUAGAUGAUUUACUAAGGUCAUUGCAGCUGAUUUUGAAACUCGAUGCCCGUGUAGCUGAUGCCUACUGUGAGAACAUUACCUUGGAAGUAACACGUCUUGUCAAGGCAAAUGCGACCCAUAUUAAAUCCCAGAUGGGCUGGAGAACUAUUAUUUCCUUGCUCUGCAUCACUGCGCGCCAUCCUGACGCUUCUGAUGCAGGGUUUGAAGCUCUGGUUUUUGUCAUGUCAGAGGGAGCACAUCUGUCACCUGCCAACUUCAUCCUCUCUGUGGAGGCCUCAAGGCAGUUUGCAGAAUCUCGGCUCGGAUCUGCUGAAAGAUCUAACCAUGCUUUAAACCUAAUGGCAGAUUCUGUGAACUGCCUUACGCGGUGGUCACGAGAGGUUAGAGAAGCUGGUGGAGACGCAGACAGGAUAUUGGAAGGAAUUGCAGAGAUGUGGCUGCGGCUAGUGCAGGCUCUACGAAAGGUGUGCACGGAUCAAAGGGAAGAAGUGAGGAACCAUGCGUUGUUAUCAUUGCACAGAUGCUUAGUAGUUGAUGGAAUAUUAGUUUCAUCUUCAACAUGGUUGAUUGCAUUUGAUAUUAUUUUCCAGUUGCUUGAUGAAUUGUUGGAAAUUGCUCAGAGUUACUCACCAAAGGAUUUCAGAAACAUGGAGGUGUCUCUCUUGCAUGCUGUAAAACUGUUAUGCAAGGUGUUUUUGCAGUCACUUAAAGACCUCUCAGCGCAGGUCAGUUUUGGUAAGCUGUGGUUGGAAGUCCUUGACAUGAUAGAGAAGUUCAUGAAAGUCAAAGUGAGAGGGAGGAGGACUGAGAAGUUACAAGAGGCUAUCCCAGAGCUACUCAAGAACAUACUGAUGGUGAUGAAAGCGAGUGGGGUCCUGUCAAAGGCAAGCACAGGUGAAAACAGUUUGUGGGAAGCAACAUGGCUGCAAGUUAACAAGAUUGCCCCCUCACUACAAUCAGAAAUUUUUCCUGAUAAUGAGGUUGACAGCACAACUGGUGAAGAAAACAAAUUGGAUACUCCAGCGCAAUCUGACCAAAGCGCUGAUCAAUAGGUUAUUACACAUUCUCCCAUACAGUCAAGUUAGUUGAGCUGCAGCUGGAUCUUUCAAGGGAGGAUUACCUUUCAAUUUUUUUGUUCCAAAGUUAUACACAAAUGCGUGGCAGUGCUGUCAGGGAACAUUAGGGAGAGUAAGCUGGUAUAUUGUAAUAUUCUUAGUUAUAUAUUAUUUUGUUACUGACAAGGUUGUUGGUUUUGGGCUUUAUUGUUGCAACUCUGAAGUUGUAUGAUAUGUAUAUCGUUGCACGAUGAUAUGCGUUAGCCUUGGGGAAUCGAUGAUUUUGGCUGUUCAUUGUUAUGAUCACUCUGCACCUGUGUACUGUGAAAGAUUGUUUAUAGCAGUAGAUCCGAGGGUUUUCCCUUGCUA